CAUUUUCAAAAUGGCGGAAGAACCGGCCGCGCCACCGUCCGCCGCCGCAGCUUCCGACGAAACAAAACCUUCUUUAUUCCCUCUCUUUCCGCUCAGUGACUCCUCUCUUCAAACCACUACUUCGGUUCCUCAAUGGCUCAACAACUCAAGCUUCACCACCGACAUCUCCGUCAUAAACGACUUCGUCGCAUCCCAACUCAACCGCGAAACCACGCAAUCGCCACCACAAGACGACGAAGACGAUGAAAACGACGAAAAUCGAGCUAAGGAGAAGCCGAUUUCAACUUCCUACGAGAUUCUGGAAUCUUCCGAAUCCGAAAAGGAGGAGACGAAGAAGAAGAGGAAGAAGAAAAAGAAGCGGAAGCGCGAUCGGUCUGGAGAGAGAGGGGGAUUCGACGGUUACGGUUCGAGGAAGUCACGCGUUCGAGCUUGGGCGGAUUCGGAGGCCAACACUGCCAAAGAUUAUUACAUCGAUUCUCAUGGCGAUCGCGAUAAUCUGGCGUUCGGAUGUAUCUACAGAAUGGAUAUUGCUCGGUACAAGCCUUACAAUCCCUUGAAACUAUCUGGGCUACAUGUUCGAGGUUUGUAUUGGUGGAAUCAAAGUGGUUCCCUCGGGGAAAGAGAUGGUGAUGUUGAUGCAUUGGAUGGUAAAAUGAGGUCUGCUGGUCGUUAUUGGUCUGGAAAGUAUAUGGCUUUGGAACGGCAUAAAAGCUUUAAGCGUAUUCGUCUUGUUGCACCAAAAUUAUCUCCUGUUAUGACACAGGAUGAGUUUGUACCUUUAUCAGACGUUGGGACAUCUCAUAGAGCUGUUGACAGUGAUUCUGACUCUAAAACUUCAGCUUCACUUGAAGAAUCUUGGGAAGAUGAAAUGUUAAACAAAACUAGAGAGUUCAACAAACUGACAAGGGAGCACCCCCAUGAUGAAAAAGUUUGGUUAGCUUUUGCAGAGUUCCAAGAUAGGGUUGCAGGGAUGCAACGACAGAAAGGUGCUCGCUUGCAAACUCUUGAAAAGAAGAUUAGCAUUCUGGAGAAGGCAGUUGAGCUUAACCCGGACAAUGAAGAGCUAUUGCUUUGCCUUUUGAAGGCUUAUCAAACGAGAGACAACUCAGAUGUGCUAAUUGGGAGAUGGGAGAAGAUACUUUUGCAACACUCUGGAAGUUACAAGUUAUGGAGAGAAUUCUUGCAUGUAAUUCAGAGAAAUUUCUCCAGAUUUAAGGUUUCGGAGGUUAGGAAGAUGUACGCACAUGCAAUCGAAGCUCUAUCUGCUUCAUGCAGCAAGCACUAUAGGCAGCAGGUUCACCAAGCUGCUGCUGAUCCUUCUUCACCGGAUCCUGUAAUUGUUCAGCUAGAACUUGGUCUUGUGGAUAUUUUUCUCAGUCUUUGCAGAUUUGAAUGGCAGGCUGGCUAUAGAGAAUUGGCCACUGCUUUAUUUCAGGCUGAAAUCGAGUUUAGUUUGUUUUGUCCACCUUUGCUGCUCACAGAGCAGAGCAAGCAUAGACUGUUUGAGCAGUUUUGGAAUAGUGACGGUGCUAGAGUUGGAGAAGAAGGGGCUCUUGGUUGGUCCACAUGGCUGGAGAAAGUGGAGGAAACUAGGCAACAAGUUAUUAAAGAGGAGCUCUCACAUGACAAUGAAGGUGGUGGUUGGACUGGUUGGUCAGAACCUUUGUCUAAAGAUAAGGAGGGUAUUCCCAAUGUUGAAAACGAAGCCAACACUGAUUUGGUUAUGGAGGAUAAUCCUGAUGAAGAUGAAUAUGAAGAUGUUGAGCCAGAAGUUGAUACUGAAAAUUUGCUGAAAAUGCUAGGAAUUGAUGUCAAUGCUGAGGAUGGUGGCGAAAUUAAUGAAGCUUCAACCUGGAUCAAAUGGUCAGAAGAAGAGUCUUCUAGAGAUUGUGAUCAAUGGAUGCCUGUUCGUAGGAAAUCAGAUACCGCCUCUGCUACUAGUGAAGCACACAGAACAGAAGAGGACGAGCAACUCUUGAGAAUUGUGUUGUAUGAAGAUGUGAAUGAAUACCUGUUCUCCCUGAGCACAGCAGAGGCUCGACUAUCUUUGGUGUCCCAAUUCAUUGACUUCUAUGGUGGGAAGAUGUCUCAAUUGUUUUGCUCAAACUGUCCAACUUGGACAGAGAAUGUCAUUGGCUUGGAGGAUCUGCCAGAUUCUAUGUUAGAGAAGUUGAAAUUCAUCCAUGAAGUUUUGACAAAAACACAAAACAGUCAUACUGGUUUCAGUUUUGAAUUCCUAUCAGGCAGUUUCUCGAGGAAUGCUGAUAUUAUGAAAUUUAUACGGAAUGCUGUCUUACUUUGUUUAACUGUUUUUCCACGUAACCACAUCUUGGAAGAAGCUGUUCUUAUUUCUGAAGAGCUUUAUGUUACAAAAAUGAAUUCUUCUAACUGCAUGGUUACACCAUGUCGAGCUUUAGCAAAGUCUCUCUUGAAAAGUGAUCGACAGGAUGUAUUGCUAUGUGGUGUAUAUGCACGGAGAGAGGCUAAUUAUGGUAACAUUGAUCAUGCUAGAAGAGUGUUUGACAUGGCAUUGUUAUCUGUAGAAGGGCUUCCUGUGGAACUACAGUCCAGUGCUCCUCUUCUAUAUUUCUGGUAUGCUGAGGUGGAGCUUGCGAAUCACACAGACAAUGAUUGUGAAUCUUCAUACCGGGCAAUACAUAUAUUAUCAUGCUUAGGAAGUCGUACAAAAUACAGCCCAUUCAAAAGUCAAGCAUCAAGUAUGCAGCUGCUUAGAGCACAUCAAGGGUUUAAAGAAAAACUGAGAACAGUACGAUCAUCUUGGGUUCAUGGUAUAAUAAAUGACCAGUCUGUAGCUCUAAUAUGUUCCACUGCAUUGUUUGAGGAGCUAACCACUGGAUGGGAUGCGGGCAUUGAAGUUUUGGAUCAAGCUUUUGCAAUGGUGCUUCCAGAAAGGAGAAGCCAUAGCUAUCAACUUGAAUUUUUGUUUAACUAUUACAUAAGGAUGCUUCAGAGACAUCAGAAACAAUCAAGUCUGAUGAAAGUUUGGGAGUCCAUCUCUCAGGGCCUCCAGAUAUAUCCCUUCAGUCCUGAACUUCUAAAAAGUGCAGUGGAGGUUGGCCAUUUUUACACAACAUCUAAUAAGUUGCGGCGGAUUCUAGAUGACUUCUGUUACAAGAAACCAUCUGUGGUUCUCUGGCUUUUUGCAUUGACAUACGAGAUGUCUAGAGGUGGUUCACAACACAGAAUCCGUGGGUUGUUUGAAAGGGCAUUGGGUAAUGAUAGGCUUUGCAGCUCAGUUGUAUUGUGGCGUUGCUAUGUUGUGUAUGAAUUGGACAUUGCACAUGAUCCUUCUGCAGCUCGACGUGUUUUCUUCCGAGCUGUCCAUGCCUGUCCCUGGUCAAAAAGGCUAUGGUUGGAUGGCUUUCUCAAACUGAACUCCGUCCUUACUGCAAAGGAGCUAUCUGAUCUACAGGAAGUUAUGCGGGAUAAGGAACUGAAUCUAAGAACUGAUAUUUAUGAGAUCCUUUUGCAAGAGUCAUAACAUAUGCUCUCCUCUGCUGCCAGAAUCCCGCUUCAGCGAACAUUUUAGUAGAGUACUUAAAUGUGCUGCUCGUCUUGAUCUGAUGAAACCUGAUGGAAGAUUUUUAUGGAGGUAUUUUGUGCAAGUCUCACCAAUAUUGUGUGAAUUUGCUGUUUUUAUUAGCUCAAGUUUCCAUGCAUGCUUUUAGCUUUUGGAAUUGAUACAUUUGUAGAAGUACUUGUAAAUUUAGGGGGCCAUACUUGGAUAAUGUAUCUGAAUGUGCCGUACUUGUAAAUAUAUACUGGAAUAAAAGGUAAAGUUAAAAAUCAGAAACUUGAGGUCGCUAGAUUAUGUAUGUUGAAUGAUGUUAUUUGAUUGCAUGAAUACUACAUUGUUAAAUGAUGAUGCAACAAACUCCAAAAGAUCUCUGAUAUGCAGUUUGUUCAUUAAAAGUUUGA